AUGUCUACAGUGGCACAAUGUGUCUCUGGCUUCGGCCAGGGAGCAGACACAUCCGCCGUGCUCACAAAUCGUUCAAAAUACAUCACCAUUAUAGCAGAUGAGCCGUAUUUUUCGCGGCAUUCAAGAUGUAAUACUUUUCCACAAGCGCGACAUAGGAAGGGAACCAGACCAAUGCACAAAUCCACGCUAACUUACGAAGUAAAACCAGUUAAGACUUCGUAUGUCAGCUGUAUGAAGUCGGUAGGUAAAUAUUUUUUAUCCUAACAGCGUGGUGAGACAGCUGUGUGUUGUUUAGUUUCACACGUUGUAUGAAGCGGCAAAGCAAAUAACACAAGUGUUUUCAAUCAUCUGAAUAGGUUUCUUAUGAAUGAGUUGUAUUUUUACGCUGUCAAGUGUACUCCUUGUAUAUAAAUAUUCCCUCUCGCGGUAAUGAUUACUCUUCUUCAGAUGAGAGCUUGUAUGUUUUUAGUUGCGGCUUUUAGGACGCAAUAACCAUUUCGUGAUCUACUUGUUCACAGCAAAGGCGAAUGACAGCCACAGUCAAUAUAUUAUAAAGUUAUUGCUUACCUGACUUUUAAAUCCCACAUAUUAAAUCUACAAUUCGACGAAACAUAAUUGACGUAAUUUUUUAUUUCACUAUGUGGAAGAGUGAUGGAUUUAAAAUGAAAAUAACAAAAUUGAAAUUUCCGAUCGAUCGUAUUCCUUAUUUCGGGGGUCUGGGAAUUUUAAAACCACAGAGGUAUGGUAUCGCUCUGACGAAGGGCUUACGCUCGAAACGUCAGCUUUUUUACCCUUUACGGUGGCUAAUUUACGUUUUCAACCCAGUUGUUAACACUAAAUUACCUGCUAUCCGAAAGUUAUGUUGGUUGAAGUAUUUGGCGUGCUUUAUAGAACUUUCCUGUCCUUCAGACGUACGUAACCUGUUUUCCUUACUUUUUUAGGCCUGACCUAAGAAUCACUGCCUUGCAUACAUGUGUCUUAAACACCAUACUCUUUGGCAGUACACAUGCUGUCUAUUGAACCAAUUUACAUCUUUAAGGCACUGCUCCCUUGUAAAAAUGUGGCAUGAAGAGUUUUUUUAUAUAAAAUAGUGGUAGCCGGUGACACCUUUCUCUAAGACAGGAACUGAAUUCUGCAAUUUGUUCACUUGGAGCCUUGCAUAGCACUAAUUCAAGAUUUGACUUAAUUUUUUUUUUUGGUUCUCUUGUACAAAAUUAUUUGGUAGGGCUCACUUAUGGCUAGGUGAUCUUGUGUAUUAUAAUAGCAGCAUUAAAGAAAAGCAAUACAAAGGUUGCAUCUGAACCUUUGUGCUAAUCCUUGGAUAGCUAAAACUUGUUCUGUUCAACUGCUCCACAUUGCUGUUUCUCUCUCUACUUUCUUGCUCUCUUUUCCUUGCCUUUUCUGAUAUUUGAUGGAGAGAAAAUGGUCCCUGCAGUAGCAUGCAGAUGAGACUCUCUCUUUAAAAAUUAUGAAAAUUAUACCAUUCAAGGUGAUUAUUUUCAGACAUAAUUUUUAAGAAUUAUUUUUUGUGCAACUGGUUCAGUGUUGUUUCUCCCUCCAAUUUUCUUCUCCCUCUCUCUGUCUUUUCUUUUCCUUCCUGAUUUUGGAUGGAGAGAAAGUGUUCCUGGCAUUGGCAUGCACAGAAGACCAUUUCUUAAAAACAUUUGAGAUAUUAUCUUGUUUUGAUUUAUUUCUCACAGAACUUUUCUGGACAAAAGAAUUUACAACCUAGUAGGAGACCUCCUCCUUACCCAUCUCAGCACACAUCACACUUCAGUAUUGGAAUUGUACCAGGACAUGACCUUGAUACACACUCUAGGAAGACAUUUGUGAGGCAUCAUACUAGUCCAGUAAGUGAAGUACCUGUGAUACAUAUUAUAUUAAAUGUUAUACACUUAAUAUAUGGUCCUGAGAGAAAUAGUUAGUUUUGUUUUCUCGAGAGUCCUAAUGUUUCCUGAGACUUUGUUUAACAUUUAAAAUUUAACAUUACAAAAACUGUGUUCAAUCUCUUCACAGGAAAAAAAAGUAAAGAAUAACUUUUUAAUCUGCACUGUAAUCCUUAGAAAUUUAUACUUGAAAAAUAGCAAGACACUGGAAGUUUAAACAUGAAUCUGUUUUAUGUAGUAUUUACAUUUGAUCUACAGUAAUUGUUGUCAGCUUACUGUAACUUAAAGAAUAUUAUUUGAAUAAAUGUCAAAUUAGAGAUCCUAAAAACCCAAUGAGCAGUGCAGCUUUGAACCAAGUAAUUAUGGAAAAUGGUAAGGGUUGUUGAGUCCACUGUUUUAGAUCCUACAUGUUAUACAUUCAGUAACAUAGCAUCAUUUACAGGCCAAAGAAAUCCAUGAGGAUAACAUCAGAUGGAACAGACAGAUGGCAGGAAUUGAUAUGAUUCAAUCAACAAGACAGCAAGGUUCUCAGGAGGUAAUGCUCCAGAGGGAUUGGGAGGAACUUUCACAGAAUUUUUGUUUUUGUUCCACAUAGUUUUUCUAAAUAUCAAUAUCACAUUAAAAAAAAACGAAUACAUUAUGAAAUUUUGAACAGUCAGUUGCUUCUAGUAAUUGUGAAAUUUAAGGCCAUUUUCAACAUGUAGACUAAUGUAAUCCUGAAUUCAGUUGGUUCUACUGCACUGUUUACAAGUCAUCCUCUCAUGGAGAGAUUUGAGGAAAGUGAAAAACAUUGAUCAUUGACCAAAACACCUUUUUUGUUUCAAGAUACUGUAAAUUAAUGACCAAUCAUUUACACUGUUAUGCACAUUGUUUCAACCAGCUGUGUGUCUUUUUUUUGUGCAGAUGAAUUUCUCAACCACUUAUUGCAAUGUGCAUGAUUUACUUGGAAGACAACAAGGCCCUGGGGUUAGGAGAAUUCCAACAAUUCCUUAUUCUUAUAACAUCAUCACAGGUAAAGAAAAAUCACUACUCCUCAUAAAUGCUGUCUCUUAUUUUCAAGACAAAGUAGUCAGAAAUUACAACUGUUUUUAGUUCCCAUAUUCAUAUAAGAUUUGAUAUAGGCUAAAAGAAUUGUCGUGAUGUUUAUGACAACAGCAACUUUUGAAAUUGAAGACAUUGUCUCUGCCUUGCGGUGUGUCACUUUUUCUCUUACCACAAUUUGAUGUCAGUGGUGAUCUCUUACUGAACAAGGGCAAAGCAGCAUGGAAUCUAUUGGUUAACCCUUUACCUCCCAUGAAUGACCAAGACAGAAUUUCUCCUUUCAAUAUCAAUACAAUAUCAACCAAAUAAGUGAUGAGAAAAUAGAAAAAUAUCAAUUUGGAGAUAACUGGUUGAUCCAAUUCUAAAUUCUCUGAACUAACAUUAAAAUAACUGUAUGGUUGACAGUAAGGAGAAUUACAGAUUUGAUAUAGGAGUUAGAGGGUUAAUUGUUAGCCAGAAAAUCCUGGCUAGAAGCUGGAAAAUUCACUUCUCUCCUAAAGGCAUAAUAAACGCCUUAACAAAUAUCAGAAUAUUCAAUAAUUAUUUACCAAAACCUGAAGCAUUCAUAAAAUCACUGAUAACAUUACAGGUGAGCCUCAGUCAAGUCAGUUGGGAGAUGACUUAAAACUCAUAUCUGGGAACAGAAUUCUGAGCAGUGCUCGGCAAAGUGAUGGAGAACAGUCUAUUCUUGGAUAG